AUGCCUCUUCGGCGAACGGCCGCAGGAACCACGCCGUCAUUGAAACCAAAAACCAGCUUAUCUAUUCCGCUCAUCGAUUCACCACUACCGUCGCCCGUCCUCCCAUCGAUUAUCCCUACUCAUGGACAAAGGCGUCCAGGUUCUGGGAAACGAAGAGCAUUCCGUAUACUGUCAUUGUGUGCAGUGAUCUUCAUUCUUACGCGGAUACCCUUAAUUGCAGUUUUCAAUGCGUUUCCUCUUGUUCUCGGAUGGUUUGUGGGCGAUCAGGAUUAUCAAUUGCCCCCCAUCCUUCCAGAUUCUGCGUCUCCUGUGAUCAUGAAAAAUGAGCAUGGUCGCCAGAAAUGGACCGUUCAUAUCCCAGCUGACAUGGAGCUACCAUUGUCUUUGCCGCAGAUGCGAGAUUUGUGUUCAAAUUGCCUUCAAAUGUCUCAGCAGGUGUCUCAUGGCAAGUUUCAAUCUUUUGACUAUUUUCGACCGGAUCCGAACUUCAUAGAUAUAGCAGACCGACAGGCGAAGAGCAUGCUGUCUGCUGAGAACAAACAGGAUGCAUUUUGUGAGACGAGUCUUACAUUUGUCAUGCAGAGUGAAGAUGCCGGACUUGGGAACACUCUGAUGAAUCUCUUCAUGAGCUAUGGACUUGCACAAAAGCAAGGACGUAGCUUUUUCAUUGACGAUACAAAUUGGGCCUACGGAACAUUCUCGGCUUAUUUUAAACCACUUCCAAAACCCGCUUGUCGCCCGCCACCUUUAGCCUACCGAGUCCCAUGCCCUCUUCAAGCACGGCAUCUCGUUGUGUCUUCAUCCAAUGCGCAUUUGAUUUUUGGUGACAGCUUUGAAGAAUAUUUCCGAAGCCCCUUUGUCGCGGGUGAAACGCAGCAAAAGGAAAUAUUCGAUAUGGCUCAUACUGGCUAUGAGGCUCUUUUCCAUAUUAUUGGCGAUGAUGCGGUGUAUCUCCAACAGCGUAUCCUGGGCCUAAAUAGGGAAGUGCGUUCCAAAGGCGGCAUUGCAGUUGGCGUGCAUGUUCGCCAUGGUGAUACACACCCUCUGGAGGCUCAAUAUUCGGAUUCUUAUAUCCCCCUUGACCUGUACGUAAAGAAACUGAGUACCAUUAUUCGUACUCAUUUGGAACAAGCAGACAGCGAUAGCGCUUUGGCUCAAUCCAUGAUAUCUCACUCAAAGAUCAUGCUAGCUUCGGACGACCCUGAUGUAUAUAGUUCCUUGGAGCUGGGAGGAGCGGAGAGAGCCCAAAACUACAUCUCAUUAGCAAGCAAGUCGAGCCUAGAUGCUGCAAAUGAUCAGCAAGAGCUACUUGCUGAUGAAAAUUCCGGCUGGGAGGGUGGCUUUUUCCAGGAUAUGUUUUGGUCCCUUGGCGUGGCUGCAGAUUAUUCUCUUGUCGGGGGCCCGUUACCAUCCAAUCGCGGACCAACAGACUCCAAGACUCUAAGUCUGGGAAGUGUCGCCGAACAGCAUCGCCUGCAACCUUCCAAGGAGGCCUUAAGCCUCCGUGAGUGGAUUGGCCGUGCAUAUCUUCUUGACUUGGCAGUCUUGAGUCAGAGCGACCAGGUCCUGUGUGGCAUAAGUAGCGCAUCGUGUCGCCUUCUGGCUGUGAUGAUGGGCUGGAAUAAAGCAAUCACGCGUCAGUCAUGGCAGAACAUUGAUGGAAAUUGGAGCUGGUCACACUCUCUGCCUCGAUAA